AUGUUCACAGAGCUGGUCCCACCACCCAGCCUGCCUGGUCUGGCAGGAAGGGAACCCCGCACCACGCACUCACCCGGGAGCCACUUCCCAAAGAGCGCAGCGCCGGCAGAACCCAGAGCGAGCCCGGCAGCGAAAGGGAAAGAGAAAGCGAGGAGGAAGAGCAGGAAGAAAAGGCCGGCGGGUGCCAGGAGCCGGGGGAAGGUGGAACCCCCCGGGCCGGCCGUGCCCGAGCCCGGCUCCCCGAACAAGGCGAGCUCUGUGCGGGGCCGGCACGCGAGCGCGGGGACGGGGGGGACCCAGCGGCCCCAGCCCGGCACAGAGCGCCCCUUGUUCCCCCGGACAAAGGGGACGGAGGGUGGAGGGUGCCGGGGCUCCGGGAGCCGCCCCGAGGCUUCCCACGGGGCUGCGAUGCGGGAGGUGCCGGAGGGCCCCGAGCGCAGCAUCGCGGGGAGGAGGAGGAAAAGGGAAGGAGGGGAAAUCAGACAAAUCCGGGAGGUUUUGGUGUUGAAAUGCAAGUGCGGAGGCGGAGGGGACACGGCCACAGCCACCCGGAGCCGGUGCCACGCGCUACCCGGAGGGGAAAUUAAAUCAAGGCAGCGCGCACGGCAGCGCGAUUACACAGCUCAAGAGCGGCUAUUGAGCGGCCAGGGGAAGGGAAUUAAUUAGCCAGGGUGGCC